AAAGGACUGUGUGAAGAAAAGAAGUGUUUCUUUUCUGACGCGCUUUUAUUUUGAAGGCAACCCCAGCUUCCUGUUCCUAGGUAAUCGCAGCUUCUGGUUUCAACACUUUAUGGAUCUUCUGUUUUUUUGACAGCUGCUCAGACAGGCAGCUACUUUCUGCUCGCCGUGAAGGUUGCCCUGCUCUUCGGCUUUGUGGACUUACCGAGAGGCGCCGAGAAAAUGACUUUCCUGUCGUGGAUUUAGCGAGUUUUUGUGCCGUUGAAUACUUGAAUCCACCUGAAACUGUAGCUGUUUGUUGACCUGUCACCAUGAGAAGCAGGAGCAACUCGGGCGUUAAACUGGACAACUAUGCCCGGAUGGUGCACCAGACUAUCCUCAGGCACCAAGAUCCGGUGACGGGUCUGCUGCCGGGCUGUCCCGACCAGCCUCACGCCUGGGUCAGAGACAACGUUUACUGCGUCAUCUCCGUGUGGGCGCUCAGCCUGGCGUACAGGAAGAACGCCGACCGGGACGAGGACAAGGCCAAAGCCUACGAGCUGGAGCAGAGUGUGGUGAAGCUGAUGAGAGGCAUCCUUCAGUGUAUAAUGAGGCAGCUGGAUAAGGUGGAGAAGUUCAAAUACAGCAGAAGUACGUCAGACUCGCUCCACGCCAAGUACAACACCACCACCUGUGCUUCUGUUGUUGGAGACGACCAGUGGGGUCACCUGCAGGUCGACGCCACCUCGCUCUUCCUGCUCUUCCUCGCACAGAUGACCGCAUCCGGUCUCCAUAUUGUUUACACCCAAGAUGAAGUGGAUGUAGUUCAGAAUCUCAUGUUCUACAUCGAGGCUGCUUACAAAGUUGCUGAUUAUGGCAUGUGGGAAAGAGGAGAUAAAACCAACCAAGGCAUCACUGAGAUCAACGCCAGCUCUAUCGGCAUGGCCAAGGCAGCUCUGGAGGCUUUAGAUGACCUCAACCUAUUCGGAGCGAAAGGAGGACCUGGAUCUGUGGUCCACGCUCUGGCUGAUGACAUCCAGCACUGCCAGUCCAUCCUGACGUCCAUGUUGCCCCGAGCGUCCAUGUCCAGAGAGGUGGACGCCGGAGUCCUGGCCAUCAUCUCGUACCCGGCCUUCGCUGUGGAGGACAUCAGCAUCGUCAACCUGACCAAGGAGGAGAUCAUCUCCAAACUACAGGGUCGAUACGGCUGCUGCAGGUUCCUCAGAGACGGACACAAAACACCCAAAGAGGAUCCAAACCGCCUGUAUUACGAGUCGGCAGAACUGAAGCUGUUUGAAAACAUCGAGUGUGAGUGGCCUCUGUUCUGGACCUACCUCAUCCUGGACGGCAUCUUCAUCAACAGCCCCGAGCAGGUGCAGGAAUACCAGGAGGCUCUGGAGGGAAUCCUGAUCAAACAGAAAGACGGGAUACGACUGGUGCCGGAGCUCUACAGCGUCCCCCCAGAUAAGGUGGAGGAGGAGUACGUGAACCCACACUCUGUGGAGAGAGUCCCGAUGGGUAAAUGUCCUCUGAAAUGGGGACAGUCUCUGUACAUCCUGGGAAACCUUCUAUCCGAGGGAUUUCUCGCUCCGGGAGAGAUCGACCCUCUUAACCGACGCUUCUCCACCAUCACCAAGCCUGACGUGGUCGUACAGGUAUCCAUUCUGGCCGAGACGGAGGAGAUCAAAGAGCUGCUGCUGAAGAACGGCAUCGAUGUGGAGACUGUGGCUGACAUCCAUCCCAUCCACGUGCAGCCCUCCAGAGUCCUCAGCCACAUCUACGCCAGACUUGGUCGUAACCCGAGGCUGGGUCUGACCGGACGACCCUACAGGAGAAUAGGAGUCCUGGGAACCUCUAAGUUCUACACCAUCAGAAACACCAUCUUCUCAUUCACGCCUCAGUUCAUCGACCACCAGCAGUUCUACUUGGCGUUGGACAACAAAAUGAUCGUUGAGAUGUUGAGGACAGAAAUCUCCUACCUGGCAUCCAGAUGGAGGAUGACCGGCCGACCCACCGUCACUUUCCCCAUUUCACAGACCAUGCUGACUGAAGACCGCACCAACCUAGACUCUGCAGUGUUGGCGACACUGAAGAAGCUGCAGGAUGGAUAUUAUGGAGGAGCAAGGAUCCAGACGGGGAAGCUGUCGGAGUUCUUGACCACUUCCAGUUUCGCUCACCUGAGCUUCCUGGACGGUAAGAGUUCUGGCAGCAUGAGCCGCCACGACGGAGAGUAUGCUCAUGAUGAUGCUGCUGGGGGUGACGGCGACGGAUACGUGCAUGAGUUACGUAAUGAUGAUGAGGCUGACGACCUGGCCCAGUACCUGGACCACCUGCUGGCUCACUCUGCUCCCAAGAAGGCCAAAAAGCCGGUGGGAGGUCUGGGGAGGUUCAAGGCUGCAGCCACUAAAACCAAGGAGAUGAUGUCACUGAUGAGCAAGGCUCAGGACCUGGACAUACACAGUGAGCACUUCAGUCCUCUUAACAAACAAAGACACCCAAAAUACCAAUAUCUGAACGGCAUUUUAGUAAAUCUUCUGAAUGUAUCGACACUCUUUGUUGUGUUUUAUUGUCCAGAUGUCAACAUGUACCUGCCCAACAAGCUGUUCCGCUCCACUCAGCCGUCCCUCAACCUGAACCUCCCAGAAUCCUCUGCUCCGCAAAACACUCAGGGUCCGGCGGUGACGGUGACAGCAGAAAGUGGAAUCCCCAGAGACGCCAGCGGAGGAAUCGACUACAAAGCUUUGGCUCUGCUGCUAAAAGACACACAGAGUCUCCAGGACCAGGCGGAUAUACUCUACAUCCUCUUCAAAGACAAGGGCAUGGACUGGGACACUCAGCUGCACGGUAAAGGCUCCACAGUGAGAGUUCUGCUGACUGACCUUUAUGAGAAGGCUGGUGAACUCAAACACUGGAGCCUCAUCAGGAUGAUCUCUGGCAUGCUGAGGAAGAAGGUGGAGGAGCUGGACUCGGCUUGCUCUGAUUUGCUGGCGCAUCAGAAGCACCUGACCGUGGGUCUUCCUCCGGAGCCCAGAGAGAAAACCAUCACUGCUCCGAUACCUCCGGACCAGCUGGCUACUCUCAUCGACGAGGCCAGCGACAACAACAUCAGCGUGGCCAUCCUCACUCAGGAGAUCAUGGUGUACCUGGCUAUGAGCAUCAGGACUCAGCCCAACCUGUUCAGCGAGAUGUUCAGGCUCCGUAUCGGUCUCAUCAUCCAGGUCAUGGCCACGGAGCUGGCCCAGUCACUCAACUGCUCAGGAGAGGAGGCUACAGAAAGUCUGAUGAGUCUCGGCCCAUCAGAGCUGAAGAAUCUCCUCCACCACAUCCUCAGCGGCAAAGAGUUCGGAGUGCAGCGCAGCGUUAGAGACCUGGACGUUGGUGCCAGUCCCGCCAUUUCCAUCCAUCACCUUGGUAACGUGGGCGCCACCAAGAGCGAGAGAGCCGGCAUCAGCAAACUGAAGAGUGACAUGAAGAUGCUUGAACACAGGUUGUCUUUGGUGGACCCCAGUAAGGCGGAGCACAGGUUGUCCUUGACGGAUUCAUUAAAGGAACCCAGGUUGUCUUUGACAGAUCCUGUUGCAGAGAUGGACCGCAGGGUGUCUUUGACUGACUCAGUUAAGCUCGACCAGUCACUGUCCUUCUCUCGCAAGGGCUUGCGAGCUCAGUCUGUGGACUUAGAAAACUUUGAAUCUGGGAGGUACAGGCUGCCCUCCAUAGAGUCUCUGGACAUCCCAGAAUGCCUUCCGGUUGCCAAGGAUACCAGACACGGCCAAUGGCUGCGCAGGAGGCGCCUGGACGGAGCUCUGAACCGAGUCCCCGUAGGCUUCUACCAGAAAGUCUGGAAGAUCCUGCAGAAGUGCCACGGUUUGUCCAUAGAAGGGUUUGUCCUUCCUUCUUCAACCACCAGAGAGAUGACACCAGGAGAGAUCAAGUUCUCCGUCCAUGUGGAGACUGUCUUAAACCGGGUCCCUCAACCUGAGUACCGACAGCUGCUGGUGGAGGCGAUCCUGGUGCUCACCAUGCUGGCCGACGUAGAAAUCCCGACUAUCGGCUCCAUCAUCCACGUGGAGAAGAUCGUCCACGUGGCCAACGAUAUGUUCUACAAGGAUCAGAAGGACCUGGGAGCAGAGGAGCACAUCCUGGAGCGAGACCCGUCCACCGGAGUGUGCAGGCUGCUGUACGACAGCGCCCCCAGUGGCCGCUUUGGGAGCAUGACCUACCUCACCAAGGCCGUGGCGGUGUACGUGCAGGACUUCCUGCCCAGCGGGUCAUGCGCGGUGCAGUGAGAGGACGACCCAUCAAACCAGAGCAGGGGUUUAAAACCACUCACUAGAAAAUUAAGCUAAAAUCUGCAACAUUUUUCACUUUAAGAUAUCAAUAAAUUAACAAUGCAUAAAUAGGACCUGUUGUAUAUUGUCACUAUGUGUGCUAGUGUAAUAUUUUACAGUGUGUUUUAUUUAUAGGCUUAAUGUGAAAAUCAGAUCAAACUUUAACAACGGACUCACAUGAUAAAUGUUUUUAGAUAAUAACCGUAUACGUUGACUCAGGCUUCCAGUGUUUCGGGUCACAUGUAUACUUUCAUUUUUUUUUUUUUCAAAAAGGGAAGAUAAGAUAAAGAUAGACAAUAUUUGUUCAUUUCAUUGUUGGUUUUAGUCAUUUUAAGAGAUUCUUUCACAAUAGGAAAUUUUAAAAGUACCACCACACCUCUCCUUAAAGUGUCAAAGAUUAAUUUCCGUCCAAUACUCAUGCAGGUCUUCUGUAAUAGUGGAGCGGCUAAGUGCUCAUUUUUGGCAGAAUCGUUCAGUUUAUGAUACAAGCGUGAAAUUGGCAUGAACACUCUCCAUGGGUCACUUGACAAGAUUGAAGACAUUUGAAAUUUUAAGAUGGCGGCCAAUUUUCAAGAUGGCCGACACCUUAAUGGAGCAAUUAAAUGAUAUAAUGGUUUAUUUGGUGAUACAAGCAUAAAAAAUGGCAUGAGCAGUAUCUAUGGGUCAUUUGACAAUAAACCACGCACAGUUACUUGAAAUUCCAAGAUGGCGGCCAUUUUUCAAGAUGGCCACCACCUUAUUUUAUUGUAUCACUUAACUGCUUCACUAAGGUGUCAGCCAUCUUGAAAAAUGGCCGCCAUCUUGGAAUUUCAAGUAAUUGAAUGAUUAUAUCACUUAGCCGCUCCACUAUAAGGACACUUUUUUAUGGAGAAAAAGUGAUCAUGGUAUUAAAUGGAACUGUGAAAAUACAUAAUGCAUGUCUUUACAGCUGAGUAAUAUGUUACGUACAUCAGUCAGAAUACGCACAGUUUUCAAACUUUAACAUGAAGUUUCAGAAAAUCAAAAUACUUCUUCUAAUUGAUCUUAAUUUAUUACCAUUUAUUAAAACUCAUGUUGCUUUACCUCCAAUCUUACAUGCUGUAUGGUGUAUAAAAUAAUAUACAACAAAUAUUAAAUAAUCUACUAUUUAUUUAACAGCUCUUAAAGCGAUGUCGGGUGUCUUAAAGUGGACGCAGGUCUGUUUGGGAGGAUUCUUGAAUGCCUUAACAUUGUUGCACUUGUAAAAGUAUGUAUGUGUGUGUGUGUGAGUGAGUGCUGUUUCAUUUUAAACUAUGCAAAAAUAGCUGACGUAGAGAUUAAGUAGUAAUUAAAACCACCCUGUUUUUUAACACGUAAAGAACUUUUAUUGUGGAAUUUAGUUAGUGUUUUCAGCAUGCAGUUAUUUUUUUGAAUGCAGUGAUAUCUGUCCACAUAAGAAGGUAAAGCCUUAAUUUACAGCUACUGUCGGCUAAAAUGUCAUUUUGUUUGAGUUAUUUUAGUUGAAUUGUAGUAAAACGUAUAACUAUCUGUUGUUUUACAUUUUUCUGGACGUAUUUCGCCUUUAACUGUUUGCUGCAAAAAAAGGAUUAAAUGUGAGAAAAGUAAUGCCUCAUUAUUAAAAAAAGUAAUGCCUCAUUAUUAAUUGUACAAUAGCCUACUGAUCGAUAAAUUAAUUUGUGAUAUUAGAAGAUGUGGGCGCCACACUCCAUGUGAACUACAAGCAAUCAUGGCAGAAUGAGUCACUUCUCUACCUAAAAUUUCUGAACUGUACCGAAUUGUUUGAAUUUUUCGAAUAUUUUUAAUGAAAUCAACCUCUUUUUUUGCAUGAUUCAUCCUGUUUAGACCUGGUAUUUCUGCACAGUUCCAGAUAAAGAUUAGAUGACAUUAUUAUUAAUAUUUACUACAUGUAAAAUUAGAUUCAAGAAGUGGCUUUGUGGGAUUAUUUCCUACUCUUUUGAUCCAAACAUUUAAUCCAAUAAAUCACUUGGGGAAUAUUUUUCAUGGAAUUUUACCCCAGAAUUAGAAUUAUUACUUAGAAGUACCAAAUGUAACAACAUUGAAUUUGGUACAGCCCAAGAAAUGAGAUAACUGAGUCCACUGAACAACUGUUUUUCUUGUUUUUGAAUCCAAUUCUGUAAUAAAACUGCAAAAACA